AUGGAUUCUAUUCGCAGGAAAACUAUUCAAGUCAAUCUUGUAAGGAUCCCUCUUCAACUUAAAGAGCUGGAAUCAAGGAUUCCUGAAAAUUCUCCAUUCACCGAAAGACAUGGUCGCCUACUAAACUUGGUCACCGCUAACACUGAUAGAGACAUGAUGAAGGUGCUCUUUCAGUUCUUUAAUCCUUUACACUAUUGCUUCACAUUUCUCGAUUAUCAACUUGUGCCAACUUUGGAAGAAUUCUCCCAACUCUUGAGGAUUCCUAUUCUCAGCCAACUACCUUUCAACGGUACGGAAAGAGAUCCAAAGCCAGAAGAUAUUGCUCAAUCUCUACACUUGCAACCAUCUGAUAUCACAACUAAUUGGGAAACAAGGAGUGGUGUCAAGGGUUUCCUAGCAAAGUUCUUGUUUGAGAAAGCCCAAAACUGUUGGAACUCUUUGGAUUUGCAAGAUUUUGAGAAAAUUGUGGCUCUUCUCAUCUAUGGGAUGGUUUUGUUUCCAAAUCCUGACCAACUCAUAGAUGUGAACACUGUCAAAAUCUUCAUGCCUCGUAACUCGGUGCCUACUUUGCUAGAGGACAUCCUACAUUCCUUUCACACUCGCACUAUGAGGAAAAGAGGUAUCCUUAUGUGUUGUACUACUCUUUUGACAAGAUGGUUUAUUUCGCAUCUUCCCCAAUCUGUAUUGAAGAACGAGCAAGGUUCAAGGUGGUCACAAAGGUUGAUGACGCUCAAAUAUUCAGACAUCAAUUGGUGUUCCCGAUCUAUAGAGAAUGUUAUCAUCGUCGAACAUUGUAGAGAGUUCUCUAAUGUCCCCUUACUUGGCAUUAGGGGAGGUAUCACCUACAACCCAUGUUUAGCCUUAAGACAGUUUGGUUACGCCCGAAGGGAUGACCUACAUGAGAUGCUCAUUCAAGGUUUGGUAUUUGACUACGAGAACGACGAUCAAGGUCAUCGCCAGAGGUUUAUCUGA